AAGCCUCAGAUCCUUAGAGGCGUGUGCUAGGAGGUAAACAUGGAGGAUCUGAGCCCAACCUACCUCAAGUGCCUGCUGGGUGGCGGCUAUGCCGUUCUUAUCGGGUCACCGUGCAUGGCUUCUGGUCGAGUAUGGAGUUGCCAUCUGCCAUGAGAGUGCUGUGUCCCGUUUGAUCGUUCAGGUGAAUUGGGCCUCCUUGUCGGGGAAGUUGGGAGCUCCAAACGCCGAGAUCUCCAAGGCAUACCCCAGCGCUGUGACCCCUGCGGGCUUCGCCUUCAGCAUUUGGGGGCCCAUAUUCUUGCUCCAGGGCGCUGGGACAAUCGCAUUGCUCUCCAACGCCUUGCCGCUGGAAGCUUUGCGCGCAGUGUUCCCCUACUGGUUUGUGACGUGGAUCUGGCAAAACUGUUGGCAGGCAAGCUUUGUUUCCCUGCCCUUGACGGACAUCAAUAGCAGGAAAGGCAAGGUAUUCCGCACCUUGCUGGCGUGCGCAUGCCAACUGGUGGCGGCACAGAGCAGCAUGACAGCAGCGGCUCAGCGUUUGCAGACGCUAGAAGAGCAAAGCCUUUUGCGGAGCAUGUUGCUGGACUUCCCCUCAGGCGUGAACGCUGGUUGGCUGAGCGCUGCCUCUGGCAUUGGUUUGAGCCUUGCAUUGCAGCAUUGGACCAGAGGAGAUCUGAUGACACCCAACCGCAGCGCCUGUUUGUUGGGUGCUGUUGGCUGCUACGGCGCUGGGGUGGUCUCCAGCUUGGGCCAAGGGUCAGCUUGGGGCUUCGGCCUCGGCUACUCCUGCGCUGUGAGCUGGGCCUGUUUCGGCAUCACCAAGACCGGCAGUCCCGAGGUCGUGAAGAAGGUCGCCCGCGCUGGCAUGGGCUUGUUCUUUCUUCUGGGCAUCAGCUGCCUGGUGAAGUGAGCCUAGUGAGUGACGUGAUAUAUACUUUUUAGAUUUUUCUACCCUCCCGCUGCACGGGGUCCAGUGUAAAAUACG